AUGUUUCUUGAGUUCAGCUGGGGUUAUUUAACUGUUAUGAGUAAGAUGAUGUUGUCAUCAAUUGAAGGUAGCUUAAGGAUUGUGUUUCAAGAUUACAAAAACGAGUCUUCUGAUGUUAGCCGUGUUCGACAGUCUGAGUUUAUAGCCGACAUAACUUCAGAUUUUUCAAAUCUCAGUCACCAAGAACAAGGCCAACUGAUAAUGCCUGAUAAUAAUGAGACUCGAGACACUUCACUGACAGCGGGUGAAAUGCCAAAGGGAUUGUCGGCACUUGGUGUUGAUCAAGUUGAAACAAGCAUGACUACAUCAUUAGUGGCUGGUGAAGUAUCCACAAAAUUGAUUUGCAAUGAUGGUGAUCAUAUUCGGAAGCCUGAUUCGUCGGUCGAUUAUGUUUCUCUUAAGCAACUGGAUCAAGACCGUUUGAAUAUACAAGAAGAGGAACGGGCUGAUAUGGGCACGAUCAAGUUGCCGGGAGUAGAGAGUAUCUCCAAAAAGGUGGUUAGUGGCAAUGAAGAGCAAAAUCGACAGACUGAUUCUAGCGGCGAUCGAGCUGAGCAAACGGUUAUUUCUUCGCAAACCAAAAGAAGCUCCAAUCAUGCAUGGAUUUACGACAAGAGAGGCUCCGUGAGGUCCAACAACAAAAGGCGUAAAGGUAAGUCCAUGCAACAUUCUUUUUGUCACUCCGAUAGAGCCAAGUCUACAAACUCUUUAUAUGGGGCCGAUUCUUUUUGUGUUGAUGCUGAAUCCGAUGAGAAUCAAGAGGAGAAAUACAUUGUUUGGUUGGAUUAUGGUGCUACUGUAGAAUGGAACUUUGAGUUGACCGCUGAUCAGAGGAUCCAGAAAUCAUUAGCUGGUCAAGGAAAAAGGCAUUGCACUCGGGCUUAUGCCAAACUUUUUGGGUCUACACCAAAGAGGAUUAGAGCAUUUCAUGUUGAAAUGAUAGUGGCCAAAAAGGAUGUUGAUAUGAAGCUGGAGGUUAAUGAGAAUAGAGAGUGCAAUGAAGUUAAUUGGUUGAAGAAUGUUGAAGUAGAGAUAGAAGUCGUUAAGCUGAUUGAAGAACGACAGGUCGAGUCACAUUUAAAAGAUAAUAAUUGUCACCUCAUUCAUGCGGCAUUAAGUGAAACCAAUUUGGCUUCAACAAUCAACAAAGAAAUGAGCUGCAAGCUAAUCAAUUCUGAUGCAGUUGGUGGUUCUGUCAUCUCCAACCCGGUUUUCAUACAGUUCGGCAAUCAGUCAGAGGUAAGAUGUGACCAACCGAUCACUUUUCCAUUGAUUGUGCAAGGUCGAGAUUUGUUAGCAGUGAGUGACAAAGAAGGUUCCAAGGAAAAUGGUUCUGAUAUAGGCAGUAGUGCUACCGCAACAAAUCCAGUUCUUAAGAAGAUGAAUGACCAGUUUCAGGUACGGCGAGAGAGGGUCACUACUUCUUCAUUGAAUUUUCAAGGUCGACACUUGGCAAUAGUUACAAAGGAGGUGAAGAACAAAAGUGUCAUUCCUGGUGUUAAAGUUCAAAAUGCCAAGAAGCGAAAAGUAAGCAGUGCUUUUAGUUCUACAUCGAAUGGCAGAUUCAGUCCAAAUCGGGCCUCAAUUUUAACAUGGCACAAAAGGAGAAGAAUCAUAUAA